AGGAACACCCGUCAUCCGAGUCCCGGCGCGUCUUGGAGUGGACAUGUCUCAGGAGUCCUGCACCUUCCUUCAAGCUUCCACUGCACUGGGUGGCCAUGGUCCCGGACACGGUCACAGCCACGGAGGUCCGGGCGGUCACACGCACGAGCUCAUGGACGGUCCUGGCAGCUACGUCGAGCGCGAGGCGUUGCGCGUCAGAGACGACUGGGACCAGCGCGCCUUCACCGUCGGCGUGGGUGGACCUGUGGGCUCCGGAAAGACGGCGCUCAUGCUGGCGCUGUGCCGGAAGCUGCGAGAGAAGCACAGCGUCUGCGCCGUCACCAACGACAUCUUCACAAAAGAGGACUGGGAGUUUCUUUGCCGCAACGAGGCUCUGCCCGAAGAUCGCAUGCGCGCUAUCGAAACCGGAGGCUGCCCGCAUGCUGCCAUCAGGGAGGACUACUCAGCCAACAUGGACUCCGUGCGGGAGCUGACGCGUCGAUUCCGGCCCGAGCUGGUGCUGCUCGAGAGCGGCGGAGACAACCUGGCGGCCAACUUCAGCCGCGAACUGGCCGACUACAUCAUCUACGUCAUCGACGUCGCCGGCGGGGACAAGAUCCCGCGCAAGGGCGGCCCGGGAAUCACGCAGAGCGACCUGCUCGUCGUGAACAAGACAGACCUGGCUGAAGCUGUUGGCGCAGACCUGGCCGUCAUGGAGCGCGACGCAGCGCGCAUGCGUCAAGGGGGGCCCACUCUGUUCUGCCAGGCCAAGCACGGCGUCGGCGUUGACGAAGUGGUCAAGCUCAUUCUCGAAUCGGCUUCGCACCUGGGGGCACCGGUCAAGGGUACACACUAGGAAACACAGGCUUGCUUAAGGGUCU